AUGGAUUCGCCGGAAAGAUACCCACCGAGCGUGGUUCUUCGGAAUAUCGCUGACCGUUUAGAAAGCAACCACAGUGACCUUCGCGUGUCUCUUUCUUCCAAUCACACCAGCUACGAAAAAGCUCUCGAAGCGACUCUCGACUGUGUGCGUGGACUCUCUGGCCGAAUUCUACUUCCAACAACAAAAACAAAGCUAGAUAAUCAAAGAAUCUUGGAGAAAAUGGUCCUCGAGAUUGUGGAUACUGGGGAAACCAGCCACCCGAUGAGUUCUUCGACCCAAUCUACCGAUGAGCCGAGCUUCAGCGACCGCAUCAAGAAUCCAAACCCACGUCGCGUGAGACUGAAGAGGCACGCGGAUGAAGAUACCGUGCCACCAGAAAGACCUACAGCCCCAAACUGA